UUACACUUUCUAUUCUAGUCUCCUCGAUUACCAAAUUACCCGCUCUUUUCUCCCUCUCCUUUGAUGGCCUCCAAGCCCUAAUUUCCAAAAAUCAAACACAAAAAUUCCCUAAGCCUCCAUGGCUCGCCGGUCUUUCUCCCUCCUCAAAGCCCUAACCAAACCCACCACCUCCUUCUCUCUAACCCCCACCCCAACUUCCCGGUCCGUUACCUACAUGCCGCGACCCGGAGACGGAACACCACGCGCAGUCACCCUCAUCCCCGGAGACGGAAUCGGGCCUUUAGUCACCAACGCAGUAGAACAAGUAAUGCAAGCGAUGCACGCACCGGUUUACUUCGAGAAAUACGAAGUCCACGGCGACAUGAAUCGCAUUCCGGAAGAAGUUAUCGAAUCGAUUAAGAAAAACAAAGUUUGUCUGAAAGGAGGAUUGAGGACUCCGGUCGGUGGUGGUGUCAGCUCGCUGAAUGUUUCGUUAAGGAAGGAAUUGGAUUUGUAUGCUUCGCUGGUUAAUUGUUUUAAUUUGCCAGGGUUGCCUACACGGCACGAAAAUGUUGAUAUUGUUGUUAUUAGAGAGAAUACUGAAGGGGAAUACGCUGGGCUUGAGCAUGAGGUGGUUCCUGGUGUUGUUGAAAGCCUAAAAGUGAUAACAAAGUUUUGCUCGGAGAGAAUUGCGAAGUAUGCAUUUGAGUAUGCUUAUUUGAAUAAUAGGAAGACAGUGACGGCAGUGCAUAAGGCAAAUAUUAUGAAACUUGCAGAUGGGUUGUUUUUGGAGUCUUGCAGAGAGGUUGCGAAGAAAUAUCCGAGUAUAAAGUAUACUGAGAUUAUUGUGGAUAAUUGCUGUAUGCAGCUGGUUUCGAAACCUGAGCAAUUUGAUGUGAUGGUUACUCCUAAUCUUUAUGGCAAUCUUGUGGCAAAUACAGCUGCUGGUAUAGCUGGAGGCACUGGUGUCAUGCCAGGAGGUAAUGUGGGAGCUGAUUAUGCUGUUUUUGAGCAAGGUGCUUCUGCUGGAAACGUGGGAAAAGAAAAAAUGGUGGCACUAAAGAAGGCAAAUCCAGUGGCUUUGCUCCUCUCGUCUGCCAUGAUGCUGAGACACCUUCAGUUUCCUUCAUUUGCUGAUAGACUUGAGACUGCAGUGAAGCAUGUAAUAUCUGAGGGGAAGUGUCGAACCAAAGACCUUGGUGGAGACAGCACCACACAAGAGGUGGUUGAUGCUGUCAUUGCUAAUCUGGACUGAUCCGUACCAGGAAUUCUGCCCCCUAAUAGUCAGCCAUUGUUUCAUACUAUCAUGUCUUCCUGUGCAAGUAUCGUGCCACCGUUCCUCCCCCCUCCCCUGCUAUACAAGUUAAUCCUAUUCUACUGCAGGAUUAUCUUAUAGUGUCUGUUAUUCUUUAUCUUUUCCUCCCAAAUAAGAUUAGGCUUUUCUUUUCUGGUUGUGAGGGAAUCAGGGAACGUAUUAAUAAGAACCUGCCCCUGAUUGUUCAGUUGAAUGAAGAUUUCCGCGUUUGUUUCACCCA